CACAAAAAAACGUUAUAAAAGCCAGCCGGGACCGGCCGCCGGUGGUCAGUUUCGAUCGCGGUUUCAAUGGUGAAAAAAUGAAGAUCUUUAAGAUUUCAGCACCGAUUCUGGUGCCUCUAGUGCUCGUGCUAAACGUUGUGAGUGGACUAUCGAUCGUGGAAAAGGAUGGGUCGGAUGCCCUGGUGGUAGAUCCGGAGAUUCCGGAACAGAUUGCAACGGUAGAAGUAGAAGAGCAGGGUGGUUCCGCAAGGCAAGAGGCGGCCAAAGAAGAACCGGUGCCGGUCAAGUACGAUGGAGCUCAGCUGUGGCGAGUGGAUUACGACGAUCAGGAUAAGCGCAAUGCGGUGGCGGAGUUGCAGGAUAAGUUUGAGGCCUCCAUGUGGAACUACAACGUCAACAGUUCGGUGGACGUGUUCCUGCCGGAACCCCAACUGACCAAAGCGCGCCAAUUCCUGUCGGCGGCCAGCGUCCCCUUCGAGGUGGUGAUCGACGACAUGCAGCGCGCAAUCGACGAGGAAAAUCCGUCCAAGGACCAGCUGGACCUGUGGGAGAACCGAGACGGCCAUCGCAUGACGUGGACGGCCUACCACCGGCUCGCGGACAUCCACGAGUGGAUGGACUACCUAGCGGACACCUACCCCCAGCUGUGCAGCACCCGUACCAUCGGCAAGUCGCACCAGGGCCGGGACCUCAAGGUGCUCCGCAUCUCCAACGGAAACCCGGCGAACGCGGCCAUCUGGAUGGACGGCGGAAUUCACGCCCGCGAGUGGAUCAGCCCGGCGACGGUGACCUAUCUGGUGAACGCGCUCGUCGAGGAGUGGGACGACCAGCCGGAACACAUGCGCAACGUGGACUGGUACGUGCUGCCGGUGCACAACCCGGACGGGUACGAGUACACCCAGCAGUACGACCGGCUGUGGCGCAAGAACCGCCGAAGCGCCCUGUACGGACCGUGCUCCGGGGUGGAUCUGAACCGCAACUACGGCUACAAGUGGGGCGGCCAAGGUUCCUCCAAGCAACCCUGCUCGGACAUCUACGCCGGAUCGGGACCCUUCUCCGAGCCGGAAACCAAAGCCGUCUUCAACUUCAUGCAGAGUUCGGCCGCCAACUGGAAGGGCUUCCUCACGUUCCACAGCUACGGCCAGUACAUCCUGUACCCGUGGGGUUACGACCGGGUCGUCCCCCCCGAUCACGAAGACCUGAAGCGAGUCGGCGACGAAGCCGCCCAGCGGAUGCGCCAGUCCGGCGGACAAUCGUACACGGUCGGCCCUUCGGGGAAUACCCUCUACCCGGCGUCCGGCGGUUCGGACGAUUGGGCCCGCGGCGAGAUGAACAUCAAGUACGCGUACACGGUCGAGCUGCGGGACAGUGGCCGCAACGGGUUCGUCCUGCCGGCCAGCGAGAUCAUCCCGACCGGGAAGGAGUCGGCGCUGUUUAUCGACACGAUCGCGAGUGCCGUGGCGAAGCUCAAGUAGGGGGAUUGUGUUGGGUUUUCAGUUGAAUAAAGAGAACUUCGCUAAA